GCUGCUGUGCUACAAUAGAGGGCCUAGUAAAUUAUUAUUGGGCAAAUAUUAAAUUUCACAUUUGAUUAAGAUUUGCAAAUUUUGUAUAUAAAGCCCUCGGCUUCACUGGAAAGGUAUGUUAGUUUUCAAUCAAACUGUUAACCAGCAACUACCAAGCGUUUUCAACAAUCCUCCAUCAAGAUGUUUAAGAUUUUCUUCUUUUUGUCCUUCUUGGCUAUGGCUUUGGCUAGACCCGGCUACAUCAGCUCCCACCCAGUGGUAUCUUCCUACCAUGCCGCCCCUGCCGUGCAUGUGGCCCAUCCCGUGAUUUCAACUCAUCACAUCUCCACUCCCUUGAUCCAUCAUGGCAGCUAUCUCCAUGGAGGCUAUCACGGUGGCAUCCAUGGCUUGUACUAAACUUUGGACUAAUUGUUUGUUGAACAUUUCGAUUUGUCUCUUCGAUAAUUUGGCUAAAACAAAAAUCUUUUGAAUAAAAAACCCAAACCUUUUCGCAUUG